GUCUCUGCCAUCCAAUCAACUUACCCUAUCUACAUCAUCUAUAACUGAAUUCAAAUAAAUUCUUGACCUCUUUGGAACCAUGGCAUCACCCACCCACCACUGCAGAAGAUCCAGCCAAAUGUGAAACAAAGCAUCAGGAACACACAAACACCUUCAACCCAGUUGUCAAGAAGAUGAGUUGCAAAGCUCUUCUGUGUUCCACCUCUGUUUAUGAUUUUAAAAGGCUUCCAAAACUUCAGACUCAGAGGCCUCCAACAUUGCAGAUUAGGUGCUCAAAUUCGAGUCCAGACACGCCUUCAAUCACUGAAAAACUUGAACAUGAGGCUUCUAUGACUGGGGCUGCUUAUGAUUUCAAUAGAGCAACAACAUCGCUUACUCGUAAGUUGCUGUCUUCACCCAAGAAGGUAACUCUAGUAAGGCAUGGCCUUAGCUCCUGGAACCAAGAGAGUAGAAUUCAGGGAAGCUCAAACCUCUCUGUUCUAACAGAAACUGGAGUGAGGCAAGCAGAAAGGUGCAGAGAAGCCUUAGCAAACAUAUACUUCGAUCAGUGUUUCUCAAGUCCAAUAUGUCGUGCCAAGUCCACUGCUGAAGUCAUAUGGCAAGGGAGGGAAGGACCUCUGGUUUUCCUUGAUUCGCUGGAGGAAGCCCAUCUUUUUUUUCUUGAAGGCAUGAAAAAUGUGGAUGCUAGGAGGGAAUAUCCAAAGGAGUAUAUAACCUGGAGAGAAGAUCCAGCUAAUUUUAAUGUGAAUGGUGUCUACCCUCUUCAAAAAAUAUGGGCAACAGCAAGUGAGGCUUGGAGAGAAAUCUUGUAUACACCUGGAGAACAUUUUUUGGUUAUCACUCACAAAUCAAUAUUGAGGGCACUCAUCUGCACGGCUCUUGGACUUAGCCCUGAGAGGUUCCGAGCAAUUGAUGUGAAUAAUGGUGGAAUAACAGUAUUCAAAUUCAAUACUAGAGGGGAAGCCAUGCUGCAAUCCUUGAACAUGACAGCCCACAUGUACAGCAAUCACAUUUAUCUUAACUGAAACUCCUCACUUAAGGUAUGCACAGACGAGUAGCAAAGAGAAGCAGAUGCUGCCACCUAAUGCAUUGCAGAACAGAUAUAUGAUCAUACGGGACACACAGGGAGCUAUUUUGACCUGCUUGAUUUCCAAUGGAGAGUUCCCACUUCGAAAUUAAGAAACUAGUCCAACAUAUUGUAAAGAAUGUAAGCAUCAGUGCUACUAUGUGGUGGAUUUAAGUGCUGCAAGCCAAGACUCCAGUGUACAGCUGCAGCUAUGCAGUGAAUUUCACUGCAGCUAGUCACCAUCCUGCACCAGCUAUACAUUGGUUUCGAGAAGACUUGCAUCCUUUAUGGCUUAAUAUUCUGUCAACUUUUUCAUUCAAUUUUUAUACUUUUAAACCUGCCAUUUCUAUUUCA